CGGAGGGGAGGGGAAGGAGAGGGCAGCUGUCCCUGCUUGAUUGAUUGACUAAUGUGGGAAGGAUUUGAGGAUCAACCGGGCUAGCCUAGUGUGCAGCCAAUGCUUCUUAAUAUCAUUGCAGUCGAAUUACUGUACACGACUUAUAAGAAAUGCAUAUUCAUUUAAAAUGUAAAUUGAAAAACGCUAAAGCGACCGAAGCUGUCUUGUUAUUUGGGCAAACAGCUCGCUUCGUAUCAAUCCGCAGCGGGGUCUUUUUUUGUACCUGGCUAGCUAGCUGGGUUAGCUUGUUUUUUUGGCAGUGAUUCCCUUGCUAAAUAUGGCGCUUUGCAUUUUGGCUGCACCGUACCAGCAUGAGAAACACUUUUAAGUUAACAGUUAGCUCCCUUGCUAACGUUAGCUGUUGGUUAGCUAGACGGUUGCUCGUUUGAGUUAACCUCGGAUGGGAUUCCGGAGCUAACAAAUGUAGCGUGAACAUUACAGGCUAACGUCAGCUAAAGAUUGUGAAUCAAGGCUUAAUCCAACCGAGCUUCUUUGUCUACAAAUAACACGAACGUUUUCCCAGUUAGAGGGUAGUUAGCUACUGUUAGCCCAAAGGCUUUUUUAAACUUUUAUGCCCCCUUGCCGCCACAAAUGGUGCGAGCAGCUAAAACGGGGGCUAAAAGCUAAGUUGAUCGUGGUGGGUGUGUUAAAAGCAGUAGCAGGGUAACGUUAACAUAAAGCUCACUAGUAUUACAACAACACACUUCAGGGUCGGUAUAUCGACCUUCUCUUGUUUUUAGGAUUAGCGUGAACAGAUACGUUCAUGAACAGUGACGAGAUCUAUCGAAAUAAAGUAAACGCGGUUCAUGUAAGGUUCCUACUUUUUUCUUUCCCCCGUGUUUUGCCCAGAUGUAUUUGCAUAUGCCAGCACAGAACAGUUAACUGUUGAGUUUUUUGUGUUAUAUAUAUUUUGUCAUUAUUUCUGCUUCUCCUCCUUCAUGGCCUCCAAACGCUACACGUUCAUUUUUGACCAUAAGGAUGUCAGUUUUAGCAGUUCAGUUUUUGCUCACCCAACGUUGGCCACCUGUCCCUGCUCUCUAUAAUGCCCCAGUGUUUGCAGCAUCUGCAGUGAACGUGAUGGCAGCCCAGUCGGUUUCCAUAGACAAGUACCCAAAGGGAGAGCAUCAGAUGCAAGGUGUGGCGACGGUGGACAGCGAUACGGAGCAGAAGUUUAUUGAGGGGACGCUGGCAGAGGCACCCAGCCCGGCACCCACAGAGCCGCAGACACCCAUGGACGCAGACAAAGCCUCCAUAUAUCGGCAUCCCCUGUUCCCUCUCUUGGCCCUGCUGUUUGAGAAGUGCGAACAGUCCACGCUGAGCUCUGACUGCAUCACCUCGGCCAGCUUUGAUGUGGACAUUGAGAACUUUGUCCGCAGUCAGGAGAAGGAGGGCAAACCCUUCUUCAGCGAGGACCCUGAACUCGACAACUUGAUGGUGAAAGCCAUCCAGGUGCUGCGGAUCCACCUGCUGGAGCUGGAGAAGGUGAGCGACCUGUGUAAGGACUUCUGCAGCCGCUACAUCGCCUGCCUCAAGACGAAGAUGAACAGCGAGACUCUGCUGAGUGGCGACCCGGGAAGCCCGUACUCCCCCGUACAAGGCCAGAUCCAGAGCUUCUCGCCCACCAAGACUCAGACCCCCAGCUCCAUGUCGGGAACCAUCAGUCCCCAGGGUCAAAUCGUGGUGCCCGCGUCCGCCCUGCAGCAAGGGAAUGUUACCGUGACAGCCGUCAACCCCACCCAGGUGGUCGCAGGUAUGUCACCAUGGCAUACAACGCCUCCCUCAGGCGGCACGGUGUAUCAGCCUGUUACAGUCGUCACUCCUCAGGGCCAGGUGGUAACACAGGCUCUGUCUCCCGGGACAAUACGCGUCCAAAACAAUCAGCUUCAGCUGCAGUUUCACCAGGACCUGAACCUCUUUAAUCACGACGACAACUCAACCAAGAACAAACGCGGCGUUCUGCCCAAACACGCCACCAACGUCAUGCGCUCGUGGCUCUUCCAGCACAUCGGGCACCCGUAUCCAACAGAGGAUGAAAAGAAACAGAUUGCCAGCCAAACAAACCUGACACUUCUGCAGGUCAACAACUGGUUUAUAAAUGCACGGAGGCGGAUCCUGCAGCCCAUGCUGGACGCCAGCUCCUCCGAGACACCAAAAGCCAAGAAGAAGACGCCUCAGAACCGGCCACUGCAGCGCUUCUGGCCCGACUCCAUCGCCGCAGCCGGAGGCACUCACCAGCAAGUCACCAUGCCAGACGGGACAAUGGUGACCAUGAACGUGGAGGGUCUGCAGAGCCUGACGUCAGACGGCGCCACGCUGGCGGUACAGCAGGUGAUGCUGGGAGGCCACAGUGAAGACGAGUCGGGGGACAGCGGAGACGAGGACGAUGACGCAGACAUGGCCGGGCUGGGCCUGGACAACAGCGACUCGUUGCAGUAGGGGACACGCUCCCUCACACUCCGAUCUGCACACCAGACGUGCGUAAAUAGGUCUGCAGAAUGCAUGUGCGUUCUCGACACACGAUGAAUCAUAGUACACACACACACACACACACACUAGGUUUACAUAGAGCACAAAGCUACAGGACGGAACGGGAACGGUCCUGCACUCUUCCAACCCUCCACCCUGCUGAACGGCGGUUUAUGCUGCGUGUGUGUACAUCAGGAGUUUCAUUUCAGAAACUGUUUUAUAAUUAUUUAGUUGAUGUAUGCGAGUGCACUUUUUUGUAUAUUUAAGCUCAAAAAGAUUAAAAUCAAACAAACGGAAGAAAAAAAGAAGUGUUAAAACACCUGAAGCGAGUUCGUAUGCUCCGUUACUAAAUGUUGACUGAUUUUUGAUUUUUUCUCGGCCCCUCCUCCCCGUCUCCAGUUAAACUCUCGUUUUGGAUGCCAACACUUUAGAGUUGUACCUGUAAGGGUUUGUCUUCACUUUUUGCAUGCUUGUGUUUUGAGUAGAUGUGCGCACUCUUACGACUGACUCCGCGCUCUCGCCGGCCCCCGCCGGCCCCUGCCGGCCGGGCUGAGUCCAGGUGGAGAGAAUGAAAAAAAAAAAAAGAGGAGAGAUGCUUAUUUUUAUAUACAAACAUAAGAAAUUAGUGUUUUUGUUUCAUUUUUGUGUUCUCCUGUUUUGUAAGGAAUAUUUAUGUACAGAUUCAUAAUUAAAGCUGGUGACCCUGUUUUCCAGGGUUCUUUGAAGUUUUCUAAAAAACAGAAAAGUGAAUUGAAUGCUGAAGAAAAUUGCUAUUUAAAUUGGUUUUAAACUUACAAUACUAACAAGGCCUUACCUGCGUUCUUUUCUAAAGAAUUCUUGCCAAGAAGCACAAAAACAAAGUGUGACCCUUAAUGAAAUUGGUCAAAAAGACACUAAACUGCAGAACCCGUGUGGUUCUGUAAAGCAGCUCUCUGAAGAGUCGUCUCACAGUCACGCACUGCAGUGCUCAGAUUUUUACCCUCAUUGUGUAUACCAUACAUUAUGUCUUUUAAUCAUUUUACAGUAGUAGCGUAGGCGUCACUUUCUGAAAUGCACAAUCCAGAACACUAUGCUAAUCACACAAUCACAAGGGUCUGAGUUGGGAACCCCUGGAGGGGCAGCAUCCACGGUGAGACGUGAACUCCAUCAACAGGAAGCAGUGGACUUUUUGCACGCAUUAAACUUUUAUUUAUGUACACGUACAUGCUACUGCGUCGAAAACAAAAAGCAGUUGGAAAGUUGGACUCCUUGUUUGUUGCCUGCCUGAAGGACUGGGACUAAGCGCUGCCGCCUCUGUUGCCCCCCCCCCCCUGCCACUACACACACGUAGUGAAAGAUCUGAAAUCUCUUUAUCAAUAUGUUGAUAUUACUGCACAAGCUGGGGUGCCUCUUGUUUGAAUAUCUGUAAUAUUGUACUGUACAACAGUUGUCUGUCAGUAGGUGCAGUAAUCUGGUUUCUAUCCCUCUUGUACAGUUGAGACUUGAAAUGGUUAAUUUCAUGCAGCCUGGGGGGGUGCAGUGACUCUGGGUGGGCCCUCGCUGAGCUCUCGGCUCCUCGUUUGCGUCUGUUUUGCUUUUUAUGAAGCGAUCUUCACUUUUCUCUUGUCUGUUUUGCCUUAGAGCUUUCUAUUUUGGAAUAAACGAUGCCUAACUCUC